GCUCUAUCUAUACUUUUUUUUUUUUUAAUAAUUAUUUUUCAUCACAGCGUAGCGCUCUUCAGCCAAUCACAGAGCAGAUCCCUUCAUUUAUCCCGCCAAUCAGAGCGCACAGAGGAGUUAGUUAUUUCAACCAAUCACGUGAUACUAAAGUGCGAUGGGGAUGGUGGCAAACGCGUCGCCUCUGCCAGCACGUUAUUUUGGAUCGAUUGUUGUGCUUCUGCUUUCAUGGCACUAACACCAGACGUAAGACCUCCUGCCCGUCUUCCCUGCCCACUCCAGUCUUGCAGGACAUUUUUAUUCAGCCGCAGGUCAAGGACUGCUCGUCCAGUUUUGUCUUUCCCAUACAAAUGGGACGUUUUGUGGUGAUGGUGGGGGUGAUGGUGGCUGUAUGUCGACAAUCUCUUCACGCCUUCCCUCAGCCCCUGUCUCUUUCUGCAGAUGCUAGAGAGAUGCAGGAGAUGAAGAUUUCUUGGGGAGCAGCGACGAAGGCUGUGUUGGAUGAAUCAUUGGCUCCUCACUGCUCCGUGAUACUUUUGACCGACUCUCCUUUUAUUAUGUACUCCCUCUCACAGGUACUGAGGAACAAGUGGGCAAUUAAUCUGCUGCAGGUGGCUGGUAAUGAAACUCUAGCCUUCCUGCCGAGAAUAGUGAAGGUGGCAAGGAAGAUACGGCGUCGGGCUUGGUGCGUGGCGGUGCUGGUGGCUAGCGCUCAUCCCUCCUUCCUCCUCGCCUUCGCAAGAGAGAGUCGUGCAGCACGGCUGUUGGCGUGGGAGACGCGGCUGUUAGCUGUGACAAGCUUGACGUCCUACAAAGCACAUGAUCUCCUGCGACGACACUGGACAUUUUCUAUGAUGAACACGGUCCUGCUCAAUCUGGAACCUAUCAUUGAAAAAGGCGAGGUAUUGGUGCAUUUCCCGUACACUAGUAACGGAAGAGCCCAGGUGGUAGGCGUGGCGCGCUGGUCCUCCCUGAGCGGUCUCACACACAGAGGCGAUACGCAGCGGCCCUUUUCUGAAAAGUUCUCUAAUUUCCACGGCGCCAAGAUUCCAGUGACAGCGCUCAUCCUGCCACCGUUCUGGAAGCUGGUGGACCCGCACGCUGCCGAUAGCUGGUCCAGGUAUUCAGGGCGGGACUGCCUCAUCAUGAAGUCUGUGGCGCGGAUGCUCAACUUUACCUUCCAGAUGUUUAAGAGUUCCAAUAUUGAUGAGAUCAUGGCAAGUUUAGAGGCGGAUCUUGUUAUGAUCUCGGGUUUCCGUAUAAUGUUGAUCCCUCAAGUUCUGGCGCGGAUUGACCACUCGUACUUCAUCGAUCCCGCCUCCUUCACCUUCAGCAUGGCCAAGCCUACCAUUCAGCCCCAGUGGCAGAGUUUGUACUACCCGCUUGGGCCUUGGGUAUGGCUCUCCGUCCUCAUCUCCACCAUUGUCAUGUCCUUCCUCAUGUACAUUAUUUCUCACAUGGAUGAAGACAUGAAGAGUCGAUCUGUAGUGCUAGAAACGGUGGGAAUGUUGCUAGGACAAGAUAUGUGGCUCCAAAUGCCCAGGUGGACCGCUGCGAGACUUCUAGUGCUGCUGUGGCUGGUGCUCGUCUUUGUGAUCAGCACUGGGUAUAAAGGCACGCUCAUCGCCUUCCUCUCCGUGCCGAAGUAUCCAACCCGCCCGGAGACGAUGGAGGAACUCGCCAAGAGUAACGUUAGAUCGCUAUUUACUCAGAAUGCCACCAGGUUCCUGACAUAUUUCCAACAGUCGAACAUACCCGCCUACAGGAGCGUCAGUAGUCGAGUGGACAUCGCGAUAACUGUAAAGGAGGGAUUACAGCAGAUAUCAGAGCAAAGGAAGGCGUUUUUUCACGAAAGAUACAACACCAUGCUGCACAUCGCCGAGUACUUUACGAACCCAGAUGGUUCUACGCGCCUCUACGUGGCACGACAGAACGUUAUCCCGAACUACGCCGGAUGGAUGAUGCCCCACGACGCGCCCUAUAAGCAAGACGUGGACCGCUCCUUGCUCCGCGUCAUCGAGAGCGGCCUUAAGGAGAAGUUCACAGACGAUAUGAUGAGUCAGGCAUGGCAGGAGAUACGUUUGAAACAGAAGGAAUACCAAGAGAUUCGUACUCAAAAGACAGAACAACAGGAGGUAAAGAACAAGGAGGAAGAGGAGGAGGAAGAGGAUACAAGCAACACAGAUCAAUCUGAUGACCGCCAUAAGUCUCUGAGUCUGGAUCAUAUGCAGGGCGCCUUUUGGAUCCUGUUAGUGGGAUCCAUAUUGGGUGUGGGAGCCUUCCUCGGAGAAAUGAUUGCGGGCCCCAGACGAUUGGAACUUGCUACUCCAUGGGCUGCAUGCAGGGCUGACUGCCUCUUGUUCUUUAGCCAAGGAACAUAA